UAACAAACUAGAUAUUGUGUCGCUCUGCCCUCCAUACAUGAUGAUUCGAAAAUUUGUUACAGCGUGAGAAAAAGGAAGCGAAAAGCGAAAGGACAUACAGCAACUUCCAAUAGACAUUAAAUCUGUAAUUUCAGGUCAGUUAUAGCAGUUGUUAUCAAUUUCUGACAAAAGAAGAAGUAAAAUGUCUACCCCAGUAAAGCCAUCUGAAAGACAAAAGUUAUUUAAAAAUAAAGAUAAAGACACUGAGUCAUUGAGACAAAGACGAAAUGAAGUUUCCGUAGUACUAAGAAAGGCUAAAAGAGAUGAAGCUCUACAGAAAAGAAGACUUGUUCCUAAUAAUGUUGAAGAUGAUGAAAAGGAUAAUAAAUUUCAGGUAAGCACUGAUGAAAAGGAUAAUAAAUUUCAGGAUGCAUCCUUACAAAGCAUUGUAGAGAAUGCUGCUAAGGGAGACAUUUCAAUAAGACUGAGUGCAGUCCAAGCUGCUCGUAAAUUAUUAUCAAGAGAUAGAAACCCACCAAUAGAUGACCUUAUUCAAUCUGGAGUCUUACCAAUCCUUGUAGAUUGCUUACAAAGUGAUGAGAAUGCUUCCCUACAAUUUGAAGCUGCAUGGGCUUUAACAAACAUUGCAUCAGGUUCCUCUCAGCAAACGCAAGCUGUUGUGCAGGCUGGAGCAGUUACACAUUUCAUGAGAUUAUUGGAAUCCAAACAUCAAAAUGUCUGUGAACAAGCUGUUUGGGCACUGGGAAAUAUCAUUGGAGAUGGGCCUGUGCUAAGAGAUUUUGUAAUCAGGCAUGGCGUUGUGACACCUCUUUUGACAUUUAUUGAUCCUAACGUCCCUUUAACCUUUCUUCGCAAUGUCACUUGGGUGAUAGUAAAUUUAUGUCGUAACAAAGAACCACCACCACCAAUGGAAACUAUUCAACAAUUACUACCAGCACUUGGUGUUUUAGUACACCACUCAGAUUUAGACAUCCUAGUUGACAGUGUUUGGGCGCUGUCUUAUUUGACUGAUUGUGGGAAUGACCAUAUUCAAGCUGUCUUACAUGUUGGCGUGGUUCCUAAACUCGUUUCAUUUUUAACGCAUUCUGAGAUCAGAUUGCAGACUGCAGCCCUGCGCGCCGUCGGGAAUAUUGUCACCGGCACUGAUGAACAGACGCAAGCAGUUCUCGAUAAUCAGGCGUUACAACAUUUCCCACUUUUGCUCUCUCAUCCCAAGGAAAAGAUCAGGAAAGAAGCUGUUUGGUUUUUAUCGAAUAUAACUGCUGGUACAGAACAACAAGUGCAGAGUGUUAUUGACGCUGGCCUAAUACCCCUCAUCAUAAAAGCAUUAGCAGAGGGAGAGUUUCAGACCCAAAAAGAGGCUGCAUGGGCAAUCAGCAAUCUGACCGUCAGUGGUGUUCCACAUCAGGUUGCUGUUGCAGUUGAAAAUGGUUGUAUCCCGCCUUUUUGUAAUCUAUUAGGCGUUCAAGAUGCACAGAUCAUUCACGUAGUACUGGAUGGCUUAACAAAUAUAUUAAAGAUGGCAGGCGAUGACGUUGAUAAAGUGUGUCUUAUGAUCGAGGAGUGUGGAGGAUUGGAUAAAAUCGAGGCGGUGCAAAAUCAUGAAAAUGCUGAGAUAUAUAAACUUUCAUACGAGAUUAUCGAGAAGUAUUUUACCAACGAUAUGGAGAAUGAGGACGAAGCAGUUGCUCCGUCUCAAGUCGAAGGCCAGUUUCAAUUUGAAGUGAAGAAGGGAGACUCGAAGUUUCAGCUGUGAUCUGUUUCUUAACUGUGCGUUGUGACGAGAGGCGAGACAAUGAGUGGUGAAGCGUCGAUUCAACCAGUUAAAA